GAGGAUGGAAGUCCGUUCACUGUACUGAGCCAGAAACAGAAACACUUCAGAGAGAGAUUUGGCUAGUCUGAACGCUUGGUCCAGCAACAGUAUAUUUAAUCUCGGACUAGACCUCUGCUUGUGUCGGUGAUUUUUGUUCAACUUUUUGAUGAAAAGUUGUUUCCUAAGCCUAGGAGUACUGUGCUCUUUUCCAGAAAGAAAGACUUCCAGGAAUGGAGUCGAUACCCAAUCAACAACCAGCGGGACGAGACUCCAGCUCUUCCCCCAGCUCCAAGCAGGACGUUCAGCCCUUCUCCAGCCCCAUCUCCCUGAAGCCUAACCAAGUCAGCGAGACCGCGUUGUAUGGAGUGCACAUCGUGUCUUUGGUCAUAGAUGGCCAGGAAAGACUUUGCUUGGCGCAGAUAUCCAACACAUUGCUAAAGAACUACAGUUACAACGAAAUCCAUAACCGACGCGUUGCUCUUGGAAUCACCUGCGUCCAGUGCACGCCCGUCCAGCUCGAGAUACUGAGGCGCGCUGGCGCCAUGCCAAUCUCCUCGCGGCGCUGCGGUAUGAUCACUAAGCGGGAGGCGGAGAGGCUAUGUAAAUCAUUCCUUGGUGCUCACAACCCACCAAAGCUACCGGAAAAUUUCGCUUUUGAUGUCUCUCAUGAAUGCGCGUGGGGAAGCAGAGGUAGCUUCAUACCUGCCAGGUAUAACAGCUCGAGGGCCAAGUGCAUUAAAUGCACAUAUUGUAACAUGUAUUUUUCCCCGAAUAAAUUCAUAUUCCACUCCCAUCGCACUCCCGAGUCCAAGUAUACACAGCCAGACGCAGCAAACUUCAAUUCGUGGAGGCGCCAUCUCAAACUAACAGACAAAAGCUCGUCGGAUGAUGUUGCCCACGCGUGGGAGGAUGUUAAAGCGAUGUUCAACGGGGGAAGUCGUAAGAGGACGCUACCUAUGAGUGGGUCAUCCAUGUCCUCUCCUUUGAAGUCACAUUCCACCAGUAACCCAACUCAAAGAAGUUCCCCCGAGGUACCCCAUAAAACGUUGCGCUGUGACGAAGACCGAGGUAGGCCUAACAUCAGUCUGUCAAAUGGCGUCCGGAACUACCCGGUUAUCCCUGUGCCCAGUAAGAGCUUUGGGAUGCUUCAAAAGAUCCAGCCACCGCUCUUCCCCCACCCGUAUGGAUUCCCUGCGUUUGGACUGUGUCAAAAGAAGGACGACGGAGUGGGAGAGACAAAUAAAACCAACGUUUCGGGUGUCUUUUGGCCAGGAGCAAAGGACAGUAUUUAUCCCUCUUUCCCGAUGUUUUGGCCAACAGCAGGUGGCCUGCCGAUGCCACCGUAUCAACAGUCACCACCCAAACCACCCACAGAGCUCUUAAGUGUCAGACAGAGUGACCUCGAGUUAUCGGAUCAAAGUGACCGGUGCGCAAACACACCUAAGGAUAGCUUUCAAGACAGCGAACGGUGCUCCAGCUCACAAUCCACCCGGAACGACGAGGAUAAAUCCGGGGAUGAGGCCCGGUCGACGGAAGGACUCCCCACAACUCCACGGAAGAUAAAUUACAUCUCUGCGUUCAGACCUGUGGUGAAAGACGCCGAAAGCAUUGCAAAGCUAUACGGCAAUAGGGACACGUACAGCGGUGUGCGCUCUGGUUACCUAUCGCCAGAUUUCGUGAGUGAAAGUUCUAGCUAUAGGUCUAUGUCCCCGGAUGUGGAUAGCGUGGACGACCCAGACGUUGACGUGGAGUCAAACAGGGCACACGAGGAUGAAGAGUCAGUCCAACUGUCAGUGGAGGACCGUCAGAGUCCCCCGCCCCUCAACUCAGCCCAUUCCGGGCCUGAAGAUAGUCGAGAGUUGGGGACAAGUCCAGGACCACAACCGGAAGAUCCCCACUCCGGGUCCUCUGAUGACGAGAGGCAGGGUGGACAGGUGUCAGAGCGCCAUGAUACACCGGUGUACGAAGUGUACACACAUGAAAAGGAUGGACACAUGCCUUUGAACGGUCCAUCUACGUUUGGAUCAAAACAUAGCAGCCCAUUGCAAUCGAACGGUGUACUCCAUGUUUCCGACCCACACAAACAACGUUCUCCUACAAGAGAGGACGUUCCACAGAGAACCUAUCAGGACCAAGCAAAGGAAAGCCCACCAUGCAAUGGGGCAUUACGUCAGCAUGACGUCAGUAGGAUCCAGGAAAAAGAUAUCGAAAACAUGGCUAAAGAGGAACUUCAGAAACAGCUUGUCGAACAAGUGGAGCUCAGAAAAAAGUUGGAACGCGAAUUUCAAAGUUUAAAAGAUAAUUUUCAGGACCAAAUGAAGAGGGAACUGUCCUACAGAGAAGAGAUGGUCCAACAGCUUCAUAUUGUCCGAGAAGCUCAUGACGCCCUGCACCAUUUCUCCUGCAAGAUGCUGACCCCUCGCCAUUGUACUGGAGCCUGUACUUUCAAACCCCCUCUGCUGCCUCCAUAAUAGACCACAAGACCCCCCCCCCCCCCCCCUGACUCCAGUACAGCUCACUGCAGCCAAAAAGAGAGACACCCACCUCAAGUAGUCACAGUCUCUCCCCGUAACUUCUUUACCUUUGCCCUCCCUCACCAGUCAUCCAAGGAUUCACAACUUGUGAACACACUCCAGCGCUAUUUAUUUAACGCAGAAGAAGUGGCUAUGGAGGUCAGGAGAACAAGACCUUCCAUUGAAAAGAACUCUUGAAGAUACACCAACACCCAACGACUGGUCCAUUGUAUGUGGUGUAUUUAUAGACAGGUAUCAAGCUGUAAAGAGCUCUUGAUAUGGACUCACCAAGUCCCUUUGAAUCAUAAUCCAUUGCUCUUCAUAUAUCCCGUGUAUAUAUAUAUUAAAUAUAUAUACAUAUGUGGAGAUGUGCAAUGAGUUGUAUAAUGUGAUAUUUCAUAAGUAACACGAAUCCUAGCAUUCUUGGGUUGUUAUACCACAUUAUGUAUGUGUUUUUACAUAUAUUUAUUUGUGUUUAAGUUAGUCGUUAAUCUGUUCUGUCCAUCUGAAACAUUAAACAAUGUAUAUUAUUGAUGUAAAGCACUUUAAAAAAUUGGCAACAUUACUACUGAUCUGGACCUCACUGGACUAAGAAAUAAAGUAAACUCUGUUAGGCAUCUAAUGUAUAGAAUACACUUCCUUCUAACGCGGCGUUUCCCAAAUGCUGGACCAGGGGGAUCCAAAGAUGAUGACCUUUCUCGGUUUUUGUCCUAACCCUAACACACCUGAUUCAAAUCAAAGGGUUGAUGAUGAAUUGUUGAUUAGUUGACUCAAGUGUGUGAGUGUUAGGACACAAACACCGCUUUGGGUCACCGGGACAUGGAAAGGGAAACGCUGUUCUAAUGGCGCCAACAUUUAUUCUAGCACUUAUUUCGAAGUAACCAAUGACCUUUCAACCUUGAACUAAUUAAAAAGGUUCCGUUUGCCUAAAAUGUCACACAACAGAUUAGUCUUUUACAGUGUAUAGAAUGUUCAUUCAGUCUCAACUAUGAUUGUUUUUAUUCAUACAUAGAUACCAUGUACAGUAUAUUCAUUAUAAAAGGUAUAUUUCUUCCGUAUGAUUUGAGCAUUCGGUUACAAGACACACCCAGCUUCUGUUGUACUUAAUAAAGGGUUUGAAUCAUCGUCAGAACCCUACCAUACAUUAAAUAAACCACAGGCACAGAAACCAAACCUAUUUGUUGUGUAUUUAAUUCUGUCUUGUAGGCUUUAUUUUGUCAUGUCAAUCCUUUGUGCAUGGCAAGAGUUAUGAGUGGGGAUGAGAUUAAAGGAAAUCAAGACGCCACGCAAAGAGACUUGAAACGGACAUUUGUGACUGAAUUCCAUGUUGUGCAGUUGAUUUCUGUAACCAAUCUUUUUUUAAAUCAAUUCCAAGCCAGUUGGUUAUUUUUUUCCACGAUAUACAUAUGAACUUUAAAAAGUGUUGUUGU